CAAUUUGACAAUGUAACACAGAAUGUAAACAAAGCUUCGAUGCGGGAAAGUUGUUACUCCAAACAAUAAUAAAUUUUGUGAUGGAUGAUUUUAUACUCAGCAUAUCGGAUUCAUCGGAUGAAAACGAUACUAACGAGCGGAUGGACUUUACCAAAAUGUCGCAUACCGGUUCUAAAAAAAGUGCUGCUAGCCGAAGCGCAAAGGAUGAAAGUGAAUCGAGUGCCAAAGCGGAAACCAGCUGCGACCCUAGUAGCACGGUAAAGUACGACGAUGCCGAUAGCAAGGAUAAAAAUACCGAAAACAGCGAUGAGACUAAUGGGACUAAAAGAGGACGAACGAAGCGUAUCCAACGGAACAGACUGUUUGAUGAAAACUCCAAAUUCUUGGCUGAUUUUGAUCCGGGCAAAUCGCAACGCGAAAAGCGGAAGAUGGAGCGUAGCAUACGCGCAACGAAACAGAUCGGGCUGUACAAUGAGAAGGGCAUCCUGCGGAGCAACGGUGUGGAUUUGUGCGAUUGUCUGGAACAGCGAUGUCCCGGUUGCCACAUGCCGUGUUCCGACUGUGGUGGUGGCAAAUGUGGAAAGGUGUGUCGAAAGUAUCGCAAAUGGAUGUACGACCGGAUCGAGAUGGAUGCGAAAACGGCGAUGAAGCAAAAUCCAUUCCCAAAAUAACUAUGUAACUGUCCUUUGUGGUGUAGAAUUAAUUUAUUGUUUCCAAACUUCCAUAUGUCAUAUGUAUAGUUUUACAUUCAGUAAUAAAUUACACGAACGGCGAUGUAGCCGAUGAAUGUACGAGGCCGAUUGUUUUACCUCGCGCCUAGUUCCGUCUGGCUGUUUGUAAUACUAUUAUAGUACAUCUCGUUUAAAUACUGAGUAGCAGAGAAGGAGCUUUUAAGUAGAUAGUUUCGUUAUCUCCAUCACUUCCCGACACGAUCACAAGUUUACACUGUUUCCAAAUAUGUACAUUCAUUAAUAAUCCAACGUCCCUUCUACAGUGGUCAGGCGAUGAGUGGCUAGCGAAUAGGGUUUAAGCUGCACAGUAUAUGCGAUUCUUUGGUUUUUUUGGGAUGCAUUUAACAUUACAACAGCGGUACGGUGGCAGCAAUGUACAUGCACGAAAUGUGGCGACAAAAUUGAACUAUGACAAAGAUAGCAGAACUGAUGGGGCCAGUUCGAGGUCGAGGCGUACACAAUGCUACACUUAAUAAACGGUGGUCUAGCCGCGCGCACAGGACAUAACAGCACAAGAAUAUUAUGCAGUUGCGUUAAGCGAUCGUACCUCAGCGGACGAAGGACGAAAUGUAAGCUCUCCUAUACUACUGGUACGCAACUCACUAUACUUUCUAUCUAGGUACGAAUAACGGUCGGUGUGUUGUGUUGUGCAUGACGCCCCUUAAAAACGUCCCAGUGAUUGAGUAACGAUUCGGUAGACUUUAGUCUGUAGAACUGAAGAAAGGGGAAAAAUUCUCCCAAAAUAUGAAUGCUCCCUUUCGUGUUUCCCUCUUCUUUACGCAUUCGCUUACUAAACUUGCCUACACACAAGAUACAAGAGCGGGACAGGUUUUUUUCGUGGACAGUGUUUGAUCUUUGAUUUUCUAGCUGUAACGGUGACGUGUAUACGACACACAAACGACAUUACAAAUAUCGGGUGUAAUACACAUAGGUACGACUAGUUUACGGGACCCUCAAAAUAAUUUGAACCCUUGGCGGGAUUCUUUGCUGCACUAGGGGUGGGGUCGAGUCUGUAUCUUCAAGUACAUGCAUAAUAAAAAUACAAUUCAUGGUAAAGAUUUA